AAGGUGUCAUAGCUGCGCCCGCUCUCCCUCUCUCUCACUCACUCACCGCCUUUCAGAUCUUUAAAAGCCGGCACCGUGCCGCGUCUCUCUCGAGCUCUGUUCGUCUCCUCUGGCACCGCAGGGGACUCGGCACCGAGGAUAGCUGCUGUCCUAGAAGCAGGAGGGCGAGUGGAAAAAAAAAAAAGAAAGAAAAGGGGAGAGAGAACAGAGGGGAGCUCUAGCUUCAGCCACAUUUACCUGUCAGUGUGGAGAAUCUGAGAAAUGCCUUUGCUUUGUAACUUCACUGGCGUUGUCUUAUUGCUGAUUGUUCACUGGGGAUCAUGGACGGGAGCGAACCGUUUGGGCCCCUUCAAGGUCUGCCCUAGCUGCAGGGAUCCACUGGGGGCGGGUAGGCCCCCCAGGGAGCACAACGUUGCCGGCAGCACGUCGCUGUUGGCCCAGGGGGAGCCCUGUGGUGUGUACACCCUCAGCUGUGCCAAGGGGCUCCGCUGCGUCCCCCCACCCAGGGAGCACAGCCCCCUGCAGGCUCUCUUGCAGGGCAGGGGCAUUUGUGUCAAGCACAGCAGGACCAGUCCCACCGAGCGGCCCCACCCCACAGGUCCUCAUCCUUCACACAGCGAUGACAUUGAAAAAGCGCCGUGUCGCAAACUGCUCAACAACGUCCUGAGAGGCUUGCAGCUGACCGUCAUCCAGUCGGACCGCGACAUCUACAUACCCAACUGUGACACGCGAGGCUUCUACAGAAAAAAGCAGUGUCGCUCUUCCAAAGGCAUGCACCGCGGCCACUGCUGGUGCGUGGACGAGCUGGGCACUCUGGUGCCCUCCCGAGCCAGCGAGGACGGUGUUCUACCGUGCGACGGGGAGUGAGUGUUGAGCCUGUGCUAUCGUUCUGCGCCUGGAGGAAGACGAGGAGGAGAGGUGCUCAGGGAGACGGGGGCUUUAGCGUGGGCUAGACUAGACCAACACUGCCCGGACAGGAGGUAGCAGGGAAAAUAAAAACACUCCCAAAGGAAAAUACACAUCAAUCGUGAGGGAAACGAUAUGGGUAGACUCGCAGCUCGGGCCUGAACUGCGUCGUCUGUAGACAACACUGCAUGCUCACGUUCGCGGCGAUUUGAGCUCUCUUUCCUGCCUCUUGUCCCGGCUUUCGGGUUAGAUUUCUCUUUUGCUUUCUUUUAGGGAUGCACCGUAAUGAAACUUUUCCUCCGUAAGCACAACUGAACAUGAGGAACCCAAGGCCAAAAUAAAGACCAAAACAUAGAAAGACAUUGCAAUAUCUUAAAAAAAAAAAAGACAUUUUCAUGGCUGGACCAAUAUCAAUACUUUGCCAAAUUUGUGCGAGCUGUCAGGUUCUUUCCGAGUAAUGCGCCCGCUUUGAUGGCUCCCGGAGAGGCAGUCCUCCCCGGCCAGGCGGCCAUCUUGCCCUGGGCCAAUGGCCGGCUGUCACUGCAGAAGAAUUUAAGGCUCAGUUCCCCACCUCCCGCUCAGUUGAUGCGUGGGCGACCACUCAGUUGUGACCUGUCACCGCUACUCCCUACCCGAUUGCCCCCAUCCCCUUUUCUCUUCUAAGUCUAAUGUUAACCUAAGCUCCAAGUCAGUGCCCAAGACCCUGCCUGUCAUCGUGGCCAGCCAACUCGCUUUCUUAGCGGCUUAAACAGUGUGAAACUCCAGCCUCCUUGGAUGGACCCCCCCCCAAAAAAAUGUUACCUACAAACUUCAAGUCAGUACCACGUUGGCCAGAAACCAUUCUCGUCAGAGAUUGGGCUUGCUUAAAAGGUUUUUGCUUGCGUCACCGCAACUGUUUCGGACACCAAGUCUUUCGGCUGAAAAAACGAAAACGCAGUUUUAAGCCGUUUUAAAUGUUCAACGACUGAAUUUUCGGUGCAUCCCUACUUUCUUCUUUAGGAUAGCUGACACUGCCUGUGCAUGUUCUGAUCUCAGCGGGCUUAAAUACUGUUACACAGGUGAAGUGACACAAACGUUUGAAAAAUGUGUCUCCCUCACCAUCCUCUCUCCCUCUCUCCAAAGAUACACUGAUAUCAACGAUUCCAUUCUCUUAAGAGGAAUUUAUUUUUGGGUCUGUUCAUUGUAUACUGCUUUAAGCUUACAACCUUCCUUACCUUCUAUAUUUGUGUAUGUUUUGUCUGGAAAAAAAAAAUAGUCACAUGAAAAUGAUCCAGGAUGCUUUAUUUGUCAAGUGAGUGUGGUGAAUGCUUGUCGGUUGAUUGUACAAUAUGUUGGACUCUUGUGCUUGACUGUGUGAUGUUCCGAAGCUGCAGACAAAAAGCGUACGGCUGUUGUCCUUUUCAAAAAGUUGUAAGGCAUAUUUUUAUACACCUCAAUAUAUUUUAUAUAUGAAUUAUUGCUUUUAUUUAACAAACUACAGUAUACUGCCAUGUAUUUUUAUAUUGUCAGCUAUUUCUUAUUUAAAGACUGAGAUUAUUUUUGUUUCACGUUGGUGGAAGUCUAGUGCUUUAAGGGCACCUAACUUUAUGGAAAAAAAAUAUCCAUCAUCGGAGCUCACUUCAACUACUGUACGUGUUUUUAUUUUCUCUUUUAAUUUAUGUCUUGUUGAUUUAAACCCGAGAAUGUCCAUGAAAGCAUUAUGUUUUCCUCUUACUCAUACUUUACUGAACAGAAAGAAAAAAAAAAGAAAAAUGUCUUGCCAAAGUUAUAAAAAUGGGUGUGUUAAGUGUGAGUAGAAUUUAUCCAUUACUGACCAAUCUUGUUGUGCCGAUGUGUUACCGUGAUGGUUGGAUGUCUGCACACAAAGGACAUUACACCUAAUGAUAAUAAAUAUGGAAACAAAUAAAACUUAUCUUAAUACAA